AUGGAAGGUCUCGCGCACCAUUUUAACCACACGCUGAGCUCCCUUGCGGACUCGCUCACGGGCCACCCCACGCCUGUGUCGAUGCUCUACAAGGGCGUGGAAUACGCCUCGCUGAGCACCGCGGAGCGCCUCUGGGUCCAGUGGUACCAGUACUGGGACAAUCCCGUUAUUGCCACUGGUGUCAUGUCUUUCCUACUCCAUGAGAUUGUGUACUUCGGUCGCUCCUUGCCGUGGUUCAUCAUCGACAUGAUGCCGUCGAUGCGCAGGUACAAGCUGCAGCCGGGCAAGGUUCCCACCCUCGCCGAGCAGUGGCGCUGCACCAAGCUUGUUCUCCUGUCCCACUUCACCGUUGAGCUGCCCCAGAUCUGGAGCUUCCACCCGAUCUGUGAAUACUUCGGCCUCACUACGCACGAGGUGCCGUUCCCGUCGUGGCUCAAGAUGGCGUGGCAGAUUGCUCUUUUCUUUGUUUUCGAGGAUACCUUCCACUACUGGGCACACCGCGCACUGCACUGGGGCCCGCUCUACAAGCACAUUCAUAAGCUGCACCACGAGUUCAGCGCGCCGUUCGGUCUCGCCGCCGAGUACGCCCACCCGCUGGAGGUGCUGAUCCUCGGCAUGGGCACGAUCGGCGGUCCCUUCCUUCUGUGCGCUUUCACCAAGGACCUGCACAUUGUCACCGUGUACCUGUGGAUCGUCCUGCGUCUCUUCCAGGCGGUCGACGCGCACUCGGGCUACGACUUCCCGAUCUCGAUGCACAACUGGAUGCCGCUCUGGGCAGGUGCGGAUCACCACGACUACCAUCACAUGGCCUUCCUUGGCUGCUACUCGACCUCGUUCCGCUGGUGGGACCACCUGAUGGGCACGGACCUCGGCUACAAGCGCCAGCGCGCCAAGGAGCGCAGGCUCCGUGAGGAGGCCCAUGCGAAGGGCGUGAACCUCAACGCGGCCGCCGUCAACGGCCCCAAGGCCACGGCUACCGCCCCGGAGUCCAAGGUCAAGGCGCAAUAG